GCGGGGGGGCGGGGCCGGCCCAAGAUGGCGGCGGAGCCUGCGGGAGCUCGGAGCAGGGACUGAGCGGCGGGACGGUUGAUGCCCGGGGUGAGCGGUCGGGGCGGGCCCGCGCGCGGUGGCGGCCAUGGAGAGUGGCGAGCUGGGCAUGGAGACCAUGGAGACCCUCACGGAGCUGGGCGACGAGCUCACCCUGGGCGACAUCGACGAGAUGCUGCAGUUUGUCAGCAACCAGGUUGGAGAGUUCCCAGAUCUGUUUUCUGAACAGUUAUGUGCCACGUUCCAGGGUAAUGGUGGAAAUGGUGGUAGUGGAAUUGCAGACCAUCAGCUGCAGAAGUCGUAUAGCCAGGUGCAGCUGCAGUCCUUCCCACCCACUGCUUCCUCUCCCCAGCUCCCAACUGUGCAAGUCAAAGUGCCCCAGGCAACAGCACCUGCCCCUCAACGGUCUGCCCCCCUCCUUCAGCCUCGGCCGCAGCUCCAACCCCAGCUCCAGCAGCAGACUGUGAUGAUUACACCAACCUUCAGCACUGCUCCCCAAACCAGGAUCAUUCAGCAGCCACUAAUAUACCAGAAUGCAGCCACAAGUUUUCAAGUUCUUCAGCCUCAAGUUCAGAGCCUGGUGACAUCCUCUCAAGUUCAGCCAGUGACCAUUCAGCAGCAGGUGCAGACAGUGCAGGCCCAGAGGGUAUUAACGCAGGCCGCCAAUGGCACCAUCCAGACACUGACCCCAGCUACAGUUCAGACCGUAACCGCUCCACAGGUCCAGCAAGUUCCAGUCCUGGUCCAGCCUCAGAUCAUAAAGACUGACUCUCUUGUCUUGACAACUCUGAAAGCAGAUGGUAACCCUGUAAUGGCUGCGGUUCAGAAUCCAGCUCUCACAACACUGACAACUCCUAUUCAGACAACAGCUCUGCAGGUACCGACCUUAGUUGGCAGUAAUGGGACCAUUUUGACCACAAUGCCCAUGAUGAUGGGACAGGAAAAGAUGCCUAUCAAACAGGUGCCAGGUGGUGUCAAGCAACCAGAGCCACCCAAAGAAGGAGAGAGGAGGACAACCCAUAACAUUAUUGAGAAGCGGUAUCGGUCAUCUAUAAAUGACAAGAUCAUUGAACUGAAGGACCUGGUCAUGGGCACAGAUGCUAAGAUGCACAAAUCUGGAGUACUGAGGAAGGCCAUUGAUUACAUCAAAUACCUACAGCAAGUCAACCACAAGCUGAGACAGGAGAAUAUGGUUCUGAAGCUGGCUAACCAAAAGAACAAGCUGUUGAAGGGCAUUGACUUGAGCAGUCUGGUGGACAACGAUGUGGACCUGAAGAUGGAUGACUUCAACCAGAACGUUCUCUUGAUGUCUCCCCCAGCAUCUGACUCGGGGUCCCAGGCUGGCUUCUCCCCCUAUUCCAUUGAUUCAGAGCCAGGAAGCCCACUCCUGGAUGAUGCAAAGGUUAAAGACGAACCUGACUCUCCCCCUGUGGCCCUUGGCAUGGUGGAUCGCUCCCGUAUACUUCUUUGUGCCCUCACAUUCCUCUGCCUCUCUUUCAACCCACUGACGUCCCUCUUGGAGGGUCGAAGGACAGCUGAGUCUGACAGCCCUGUGUAUCAUGGCUCUGGAAGGAGUGUGCUGACCAUCGAGUCAGAUUCAGGGGGCUGGUUCGGCUGGAUGAUGCCUACUUUGAUCUUGUGGCUGGUGAAUGGUGUGAUUGUCCUGAGCGUCUUUAUAAAGCUCCUUGUGCAUGGGGAACCAGUGACCCGACUGCACUCCCGAUCGUCUGUAACCUUUUGGCGCCAUCGCAAGCAGGCUGACCUGGACUUGGCAAGGGGGGAUUUUGCUGCUGCAGCUUCAAACCUGCAGAUCUGCCUGUCAGUGCUGGGCCGUGCAUUGCCGACUUCCUGCUUGGACUUGGCCUGUGGCCUGUCCUGGAACGUGAUCCGCUACAGUCUCCAGAAGCUGGGACUGGUGCGAUGGUUGCUGAAGAGGACUUCUCGGCAACGGCGGGCAAGGGAGACCACAGCAGGCUUUGAGGAUGAGGCCAAGACCAGUGCUCGGGAUGCCGCUCUAGCUUAUCACAAGCUCCAUCAGCUCCACAUCACUGGUAAACUUACAUCCAGCUCGGCUUACUCAGGUCUGCACAUGGCCCUGUGUGCUGUGAAUCUUGCAGAGUGUGCAGAAGAGAAGAUCCCGGCUAGUACCAUGGCAGAGAUCCACCUCACUGCUGCCGUUGGCCUGAAGACUCGCUGUGGUGGCAAACUGGGCUUCCUGGCAAGUUAUUUCUUAAGUCAAGCCCAGAGCCUUUGCAUCUCGGAGCGGAGUGCCAUUCCCGACUCCCUGCGCUGGCUGUGUCAUCCGCUAGGACAGAAGUUUUUUGUGGAGCGGAGUUGGACCGUGAAGUCAGCUGCAAAGGAGAGUCUGUACUGUGCCCAGCGGAACCCUGCUGACCCUAUUGCACAAGUCCACCAGGCAUUCUGUGAGAACCUGCUGGAGAGAGCUGUGGAUGCCCUUGUGAAACCUCAGGCUGGGAAAGGAACUGCGGGGCAAGAGGAGGAGGAGCCCUGUGAGUUCACCAGUGCUAUGGAAUACUUGAAAUUACUCAAUUCUUUUGUGGACUCUAUGGGGAGUGGGACCCCUCCUUUUGCCAGCAGUUCUGUGCUGAAGUCAACCUUGGGCCCUGACGUGGUGUGCAGAUGGUGGUCAGCAGCAAUUGCCAUGGCGAUCAGUUGGCACAGAGGGGAUGAUGCAGCUGUGCGGUCACACUUCACGGAGGUGGAGCGCAUGCCCAAAGCCCUGGAGACAUCGGAGAAUGCCCUGGUGAAAGCUGUCUUCUAUCUGUGCAAAGCCAUGCAGGCCUCCCUGUCUGGGAAGGCGGAUGGGCAGCAGAGCUCAUUCGCUCAUAGCGAGAGGGCCAGCAGCCACUUGUGGAACAGCCUUAACAUGAGCAGCAGUGUCUCCAGCGCUGGCCUCAACAAUAUGAUCCAGUUGUUAGCCUGUGACUUGCUGCUCUCUCUACGCACCAGCCUGUGGCAGAAGCAGGUCAACUCCAGCCAGGCCCUGGGGGAGACUUACCAUGCCUCGGCCUCAGAGCUGACAGGGUUCCAGCGCGACCUUGGCAGCUUGCGCAAGCUGGCUCAUGGCUUCAGGCCUGCCUACCGCAAGGUGUUUCUGCAUGAGGCCACUGUGCGCCUGAUGGCUGGUGCCAGCCCUACCCGCACCCACCAGCUUCUAGAGCACAGCCUGCGGCGGCGCACCCCCCAGACCAGUAAGCAUGGUGAGCUGGACAUCCUGCCUGGACAGAGAGAGCGAGCUACCGCAAUCCUCCUGGCCUGCCGCCACCUUCCGCUGUCCUUCCUCUCCUCCCCUGGCCAGCGUGCAGUCCUGCUGGCCGAGGCAGCCCGCACAUUGGAGAAGGUGGGGGACAAGCGCUCCUGCAAUGACUGCCAGCAGAUGAUCGUCAAACUGAGUGGGGGCACCGCAAUUGCCGCCUCCUAAUCCCAGGGGGCAGGGCUCCAUCACACAGGGGCUGUAAGAGACAUGGACAGCCUUGAGAACAGUCCCUCUGGACUCACCCCUUAUAUCCCUUUGUAGAGCAAACAGUUCUAGGUUAGGACUGUAAGUGGAAUCACGCUGGGCAGGGGAGGACUUUAUAACUUAGCCCAGGCAUUAGUUCUAUAAGCCACUGUCAGCCACCCAGCACUGCCACGUGGCUUGCUUGUGUAAUCAGUCGGGCCUUGUCCCUGGCCACCCCGAUGCUCCUAGCUGGGUGCUGGUGUUCAUCUUUGCUGAGGAGAAGCCUGCAGCCCUAGUGGCACUUCUUGGGUCUGCUGAGAGGCUGUUUCCCUUCUUCCUCUCCCAGAAAUCUGCAGAAGGGACCCUCUGGUGAGGGUGGUUCAUGUAGAGAUCUGCCCUGAACUUAUUCCAAGGUGAUACCAGCAUCCAAGACAACGCUCUACCUGCAGGCUAACUUGAGGAGAGCCCUUUGCCUCUCCUCAAGGGGUGUUUCCUGAGGCUGUUUUUAUUAGAGCCUUUUUCUAUAAACGCUGCAUUUCUGGAAGAGUGCUGGGGGAGGCGUGUGAGGCCAGCACCAGCCAGGGACAGCUCUCUGCGGUUUUUAUACGGUUGUGUAUUUUGUUUGUUUUAUAGCAACAUCUGUGACUUUACAAGAUGUAGGGAGCUGUUGCAGUAGGCCUCUCUCCUCAUCCUCUCUGCCUUCUGUCCCUCUUCCUUCAGGCUGGAGCUGCCCCCUGCCUCCUUUGCAUGGGGUACCUGGACUCUAGAGUCAGUCUGGCAUCAGCUGCAGUGAAUGCAGAGGCUGUGCCUAGGAAGAAGGGUAAUAGAGUAUGUGGAGACAUGACCUUAGGGGGAAGGGGGAGAACUGCCUGGGUGCAGAUUAAAGCUUUUAUUUUAGUAUAAUAAGGUUUUAUAUUUCAUUAAACUCAAGGCUUGGGUCUUGGGGGUGUGUAUGGAGACAUCCUGCUUUCCCAUGUCCACGUCCCCAUGGGUGCUGGCUAGCUGGUAGCCAGAAUUCAUGAGGGUUAGGAAUUCACAUUUAACUUGGUGCCUGCUGCAACUUGGAGCAAUCCACCUUGCACAUGCAAUAAUAGCAAAUCAUGACAUUCAAAGAGCCCUGGGGAUGGACAGUAGUCACCCAGGCUACCCUUUCUCCCCAUUCCUCCCACUGCUUUUGUCCAAAAACUUGCCUGACAUUUGUGUCAUGAGAGUUGAGAUGAAGCAAACACUUCAUGGGAAUGUAUUGCUGCAUCUGUGUGCAUGCACUGUGUGUACAUGUAUAGCUAGAACUACACAGGUGCUUGAUGCAGUCCUCUUCCCCUCAAAUGUUUGCAGGCCUUUGUUACGCAUCCUGAUGCCUCCUUACAGAAGCCAGAACUCUGAGUUUGGUAAAAUACUUCUAGAUCUAUUGAGAGACAGCAGUUUUUAUGGGUGAUUAUCUCUUACUGGAUCAACUGUAUAGUUGGGAGGGUUACAAGCAAGCUCUUGGGUACCACGUACCUGAGGCAGGGUAGUACGUGGUACCUGGAAGCUUUCCUGUAUCCCUCUCAACUAUGAAGUUGGUCCAAUAAAAGAUACCACCCACAAAGCCCUUGCCUCUUGCAUUUUUCCUGGACCAUCAUGGCUACAACAUCACCCUAGAACAUUGUCACUUCUACACUUACCCUGUUUUGUAUCACCAGACUCUUUUCUCAGAGCAGGAGCAAGCUUUGGGGACUGUAACAGAAAGGUUGUCAUCUGAUACAUGGGGGUUCCUCUGGCCUUGGUUUUAGUGUGCUUGGUGUUCUAGGUGCUUUGGGACACCACAGCUCUUUACUGCUCUGGGAAACACUGUCCCUGACAUCAGAUGUAACCAUUCCUGAUGGCAAUUCCUCACCCCCAGAGCAAGCCAUGCACUUACUUAAGAGUGCUGCAGCAUGUUCCUUGGACAGCAACAGAUUCUGGAGGCUGCAGCAAAUGCCACCUAUCUCCUGCUCUUAAUGGAGAGCUUCUCAUGGGAGAAACAUAUAAUGGUAAUUAUUAUUUUUUUAAAUGAAAACUACUGUGGUUGCCUUAGCAUGUGUGUGUUCCUCUCUGGGGGCAGACAUUCUAAGGUCAUUCUUUUAGAUCUCCUUUUUUAUGUCAGAAGCCCACAAUUUAAGGGUGGCCUUCAGGCCUCCAGUGUGUGGGUGUGCCUCUAUACAUGAAUACCCAUGAUGCUCUAAAGGCAGUGAGCUGCUGCUGCUUUUCAUUCUCAUCCUGAGCAUGGCCUGAUGCGAUUAACUUACCUGGGGACUCAGCUUUAGAAUGGGUGAUACUUUCUAUUACUUGAUAGGACAGCUCCUUGGCUGGUCAGGCAGGACAGGGAUACCAUUUGUUAUGGGAGAGGUGAAUGUGUUCUCAGUCCUCUAGUGUAGAAUUACACCAACGCUCUUAUUUUCAUACAUGCCACUGCCACAAAGAUGCCUUGGCCUUGGACCCAUUUUAACACGUAUGAAAUUCUCUAUCUCUGCAUGUACCAUCCUCCUGUGUCACUUCAAACUGUGGCUAGCCUGUGUGCAGUCCUUGGAAAGCUUUGCACAAGUGGGGAGAUGGCAACAGCGGGGAGGGAGGGAGUUCAGCAUCCAUUGCCACUAGUAGUAAGUAGAGCCAGAGCAAGAGACAGCGCGUGAGGGAAGUGGGCGAUCUGUGCCCAUUGCUUCUCAAACAGAGAUGAACAAAAUACUAGACAAUGCACUGUAGGGGAUCAACCGGAAUGGACGAGUUGGAGGUGGCGUGAUUUAAUUAGAUGUGUCGAGGGCAGUAGUUGUUUCUAGAGGCCUGUUACAAGUGGCUUUUGCCAGGUUACCCUUGUGAUGCGUGUUCUUUCCCAUAGCUGGCAUUUUUCCCUUUGAUGCAAGGUGCCUCUAUAUGCCUGUUUUUAUACACUGUUAUUUAUGGAUCUGCUGUCUAUUGCUACACUUUUUUAUGUGUAUAUACUGUAGCUUUUUUUUUUUUUUGUUGGGGUUUCAUUUUGUGUCUUAUAUGAGAGGUUUAUUUAUCCAAAUGGAGUUAAGAGUAGGGACACUUUGCUGUAAAAAAAAUGUAGCUGGUGAUAGGCUAAGGGGAAUGCUUCUGGUGCUGUUGAGAUGUGUCCAAUAAUGUACUCUGUCCAAGAGCUAGGGAGCAAGCUACCUAAUAAAGCAAAUGGUAUCACCA